GUUUAUUAAUAGGAGACACACGACCAUGUCCUGGAGCCUGACCGCCCACCAGAAAAGACUACUCAAGUGAGUUGGACUUCUUCCACUGGAGUGAGAAUUGAAGGCUGGGAGACUCAGCCUCCAUCAUGUGGAACACCUCCGAAGCCAACUUCUCCUGCUACCAUGAGUCCGUACUGGGCUACCGUUAUGUUGCAGUUAGCUGGGGGGUGGUGGUAGCUGUCACAGGCACCGUGGGCAACGUCCUCACCCUCCUGGCCUUGGCCAUCCAGCCCAAGCUCCGCACCCGCUUCAACCUGCUCAUCGCCAACCUCACCGUGGCCGAUCUGUUGUACUGCACCCUUCUCCAGCCCUUCUCUGUGGACACCUACCUCCACCUGCACUGGCGCACCGGUGCCACCUUCUGCAGGGUCUUUGGACUCCUCCUCUUUGCAUCCAACUCCGUCUCCAUCCUGACCCUCUGCCUUAUUGCCCUGGCACGCUACCUCCUCAUUGCCCACCCUAAGCUCUUUCCCCGAGUUUUCAGUGCCAAGGGGAUGGUGCUGGCACUGGUGAGUACCUGGGUGGUAGGCGUGGCCAGCUUCGCCCCUCUCUGGCGCAUCUACGUCUUGGUGCCUGUAGUCUGCACCUGCAGCUUUGACCGCAUCCGAGGCCGGCCCUACACCACCAUCCUCAUGGGCAUCUACUUUGUGCUGGGGCUCAGCAGCGUCGGCAUCUUCUACUGGCUCAUCCACCGGCAAGUGAAGCGAGCAGCACAGGCGCUGGAUCAGUAUAAGCAGUCAAGUAUCCACUCCAACCAUGUGGCUGGGACAGAUGAGGCCACACCUGGUCGUUUCCAGGAGCUGGACAGCGGGCGGGCAUCAGGAAGGCCCAGCGAGGGGAUUUCGUCUGAGCCGGUCAGUGCUGCCACCACCCAGACCCUGGAAGGGGACUCAUCAGAGGUGGAGGACCAUCCCAGCAGGGAGGUAGGUCAGCAGGCGGCAGGGAAAAGCCAUCCAGAAGCACCUGCCAAGAGCAGGCCGACCAAAAGAGCCCAAAGAACUCAGGACUCUCCGUCAGAGUUUGGGAAGGUGACCCGGAUGUGUUUCGCUGUGUUCCUCUGCUUCGCUCUGAGCUACAUCCCCUUCUUGCUGCUCAACAUCCUGGAUGCCAGGGUCCGCGCUCCUCGGGUUGUCCACAUGCUCGCUGCCAACCUCACCUGGCUCAACGGUUGCAUCAACCCUGUGCUCUAUGCAGCCAUGAACCGUCAGUUCCGCCAAGCCUACGGCUCCAUCCUGAGACGAGGGCCCCAGAGUUUCCGCAGGCUCCGUUAGAACUGUGUUCCCCAGUCACCAGGAUCCAGCACUGUCUCCUCCAGAACAGAGCUAAAGUGGCCAGCUGGUAGGGGAGCAGACGAAAGGAAGGCCUGUGGGCAUUUUCACAACUUCCCCCCAUCCCCGAACCAGGCUUCUCCAUCCCUUGAUCGAUGCUUCAGCUCGAGGCUGCCCAAGAUGCACUAUUAAUUAUUAAUAAAUGAAUUCUAUCCUUCUA